UUGAAAACAAACUGCUGAAUGGGCGUUGGCAUACGAUGUUACAAACUAAAAGUUGGAGUUACUGAUAAACACUGAUUAUAACCAGAUAACUGAUCGCCUUCUAUACGAUAACAAAUUUGAUUCAAUAUAGGACACAAAAGAUAAAAAAAAUACGUAUUUCAUACGGACGACGCGUGUGUGUGUAUCAUCAUUGUUAUUAUUCGGUUUUUCUUAAUUACUAUUCAAUUUAAAAAAAUUAAUUAAAUUAAAACAGUAAAAUUAUAAUGUCAGUUUCUAGAAGCAACAGUUUUAAUUCAUGUUUUCGUAUCGAACAACGCCUAAAGCUUACAAUUUGAUUAUGGUGACUCAUGCGAAAAGAAAAUUAAAAAAAUCAUAUUAAAUUCGAUUAUUGACUUAUUAUGUUCUCGAAAGUGUUUUUAUUUUCAUUGUCGUGUGUCAGUGUAGCUUCGCAGUCUAAUAAGGAUUUAUACAAUGGACAGUUUAAUGCGUAUUAUAACAAACAAGACCAAAACAAGGAAUACAGGGUCCCUAGUCCUGGCGACACUGAUUACAGGACCUACAUAUACAAUAACAGACGUUAUGGGACGGACCCGACGAGGUCCAACCCUUACAACCCUAAUAUAAACCAACCAGGAGGAUUUCCUUACAACCCCAUCAACACUAACCCCCUGGAUGAGCAGUUUAAAUAUAACACUAAUCGGGACCCAAAUAAUCCGGAUGCACUGUUCCCUGGUGUCCUUGGAGGAUGGAGAGAAGAUCUGCAGGGCAGAGAGCGAAGGGAUUCAAGGCAGUUGAAACGGGAUAUAUUUGUUACCACUAGCUAUGGACAAGUACAGGGCUUUAAGGUAUAUCUAUAUGAUAACCCAGAUCCUGAUUCAGGCUACCGACCCUGGCUGACACCAGUUGAAAGGAUACAAGGAGAAGUCUCUGUAUUCCUUGGGAUACCUUAUGCAAGACCUCCAGUCUUAGAGGGUAGAUUCAAGCCUCCACGACAACAUCCUGGCUGGCAGUUAAUCCAAGCAGUGGACUGGGGUCCAGCAUGUCCCCAGCCUGUUCGCUUCACCGGAGCCACUAAAGGCAUAAGGGACAUGGAUGAAGAUUGCCUUUACUUGAAUAUAUUCUCGCCAAACUCGGAGGCAGGCUCCACUGCACAGCGAUACCCGGUGAUGAUCUACAUCCACGGAGGCCAGUUCAUGUCGGGCGCAUCCAACCUGUUUCCGGCGCACAUGAUGGCGGCCUUUUAUAACGUGGUCGUCGUCAGCUUAAAUUAUAGACUCGGAGCUUUGGGCUUCCUAUCGACCGCCGACGAGAACUCUCCCGGCAACUAUGGUAUCCUGGACCAGAUGAUGGCGCUCCGCUGGGUGUACGACAACAUAGCGGCGUUCAACGGGGACCCUGGCUCCAUUACUCUGUUUGGUCCCGGAGCCGGCGCGGCAUCAGCCGGUAUACUGGCAAUAGCUCCUCAGACUAGACAUGUGGUGGCGAGAGUCAUAGCACAGAGCGGAUCAGUGUUAGCGGAUUGGGCUAUGAUAGAAGACAAGUUCCGCGUGCAGAACACCUCCGUGGUGUUUGGCCGGAUGCUGGGCUGCCCCACCGACUCCUCCUGGAGGCUGCUCAACUGCCUCCGACAAGGGAGGAGCUUCUACGAACUUGGCAACGCAGAGUUUCAGCCGCAAGUCGGGUUCAUCCCCUGGGGCCCGUUCCUGGCCGAGAACGUGUCGCUCCCGGGCGACGAGUGGUACGAGGGGUGGCGCAGCCGGGACUGGGCCCUGCUGCCCGCCGCGCCGGCCGCCAUGCUGCAGGAGGGGCAGUUCAACCCGGCGCUGAGGUACAUGACGGGCGUCACUACGCAGGAGGCGGCCUACUAUCUGUACAACAACGAGUCGUUGGCGCCCACCUACGCGGUGUCGGAGCACUGGGUAGACGAGCGGGUGCGCGAGCUGGUGCGGCGCUACAACUACACGCUCAACCCGCGCGGCGUGUACGAGGCCGUGCGCUACAUGUACACGCACCACCCCGCGCCGCACUGCGCCGCCGCCGCGCGCGACCAGUACAUCCACCUCCUGUCGGACUUCCUGUACCGCGCGCCGACGGACCGGCUGGUGAAGCUGCUGCUGGGGCGGCGCGUGCCCGUGUACAUGUACGUGAUGAACACCACGGUGGAGGCAUUGCGGCUGGACGCGUGGAGACAGUACCCGCACGACAUAGAAUGGCUGUUCCUCACCGGAGCGCCCUUCAUGGACCAGGAGUUCUUCCCCAAUAAGUACCGGCUCGAGAGACAGGCUUGGACCAAUAACGACAGGAACAUGAGCCAUUUCUUCAUGAAGGCUUAUACGGAUUUCGCCAGGUUCGGAAAUCCAACCCGUUCUCGAAUCCUGGGCAUACACUUCGAAAUGGCCACCGAGGGCCAGCUGCGCUACCUGAACCUGAACACGACCUUCAAUUCGAGCAUCGAGCUCAACUACCGGCAGACGGAGCUGGCGUUCUGGACGGUCUACCUGCCCACCGUCAUAGGCAGGGUGCUCCCCACCUACCCGCCCAUCACCGAGUAUUGGUGGGAGCCGAAGCAGCCUCUACAGAUAGCCUUCUGGACGGUCUCCAGCGCCUGCCUUCUGCUGGUGGCAUUGCUAGUGGUGUGCUGCAUGCUGUGGAGGAACGCCAAGCGGGCGGCGCCUCCCAAGUGGAAAACGGUUCCUAUUCAAGAGAGCGACCGCUACUACGCGGACGACGUGUUCGUCGUGCCGGAAGCGGAAGACGUGGGCAUAGACAACACGAACAGGUCCAGGGACAACAUCUACGAGUACAGGGAUCUGCCGCUGAAGAGGCCGCACACUCCACAGACUAUAUCUAGAAGCUUGAGUCAACCUCAAACGAUGCAGUCGUCCAAUGCUCCGUCCGUGGCGUCGACCGGGUCGGCUCUGUCCCUGCGCGACUCCGUGUCCAGGGAGCCGCAGCCGCGGACGACAAUGGUCAGAGGGAUCCCACAAACCACCGUGUGAAUUGGCAUAAUGAUCGGAAACCCUUUGCAACAAUAAUUUGUAAGAUCUGUGCCUCCAGCGAAAUCGUAGCUUAAUGGGAAUUGUAAUUGUGAACGUAAAAAUCCAUUCAACGAAAAUCCCGAAGGAAUUUAAAUCAAUAAACUUCUUUCACUAGCGCCGCAGAUCUGUGCCUAGACUGAAUCGAUUUUCAUAGUCUAGUGUAAUAUUGGUUGAUUACAUUUAAAUAAUGUGGAAAUUAUAGUAUUAGGUAUAGUAGUUUACGGUAGGCAGCUGCUUGGCUAUGCCCCUGGCAUUGCUGAAGUUCAUGACAGUAGCCACUCAUCAGGUGGGCCGAAUGCUCGUCUCUAGGGCAAUAAAAAAUAUAAAAAAUAAAGAUUACGCGGAAGUGUAUAAUCGAUUAAUGGAUGUCCGGACUACCGACCUACCUCAUUACCUUCAUUUAACAAUUCUCAAUCUUCAAACAUCGUUGUAUUAUUGAGAAUACUUCACUUUGAGCCAACAAUUACUCUUUUUUUAUGUUACUAUUUUACACAUUGCCUUCCGUGCGUACACCAACUUUGUUGACGGGGUGCCGAUAGUGAUAAUAAUAACUGGGAACAAAUGACGCGCGGCAUCUAGCCCCAAUUGGUGAUUCCCUGCGUUAUAGAGACCAGACAUACUUAUAUAUGUUUAUAUAAAUAGAUAAUAAAUACCCAGACGAAGAAAAAACAAACCAGUUCAUCACACAAUGUUUGCCUGAUGUGGGAAUCGAACCCACGACCAGUACAACGGCCCAACGGUCAGACUACUGCUCCACCGAGUCGGUCAAUAGAU